AUGGAAUCCAAAACAAAUUUCAUCAACGGCCACCAAGCCACCGCAAUCACCCUCCUAACCCUCCUCACCAUCGCCGCCAUAACCUACAUCUCCGCCACCAAACCACCACACACUCCCUCACUCUCCACCCAACUGGACCCCACAAUCCUCUUCAACACAUCUCUCUACACCUCCCUCUCCCAACUCAAACUCAUCUCCUCCCUCCCCCAAACCCUAAUCACCUCCUCCACCGACACCCCAACCAUCUCCGCCCUCCAAGACUGCGCGGUCCUCUUCGACGACGCGGUGGCUCAGCUCAACAAAUCCAUAACCUUAACAACAGUACCACCCGGAGAGCUGGCUGUGCUCACCAGAGCCGAGAUCAGGGCUCUGAAUGCGUGGAUAAGCGCCGCCAUGACGGAUCAGGAGACGUGUCUCGAUGGGCUAGAGGAGAUGGGAUCGACGGUGUGCGAUGAGGUAAGAGCGAAGGUGCAGGUGUCGAGACAAUGCAUGAGUUACAGCCUAGCAAUACUUGCGAGCAUCCAGGCUGUGGGGAUGUUUGGUCGUUAUCUGCAAUAA